CACCAAUUGGCGUGAAACUCAUACAAGGGCUGUGCGGACUCGCUUUAAAUCGCUAUUGGAAGCAGGAGCAGGAGCCAUUAAUUGAGAAGAAGAAGUAGAGGAGAAGCUUUAAUUCGCUUAUCACGAAUAUUUCGUAACCUACGCUAGAGAUCACUACAGAUAUAAUCUGAUCAUCUCGAAGGGUUGUAUCGGCACGGUUCGAAUUUUUUCUACACUGCCGAGAUCCAGGUAUUUUCAACUGUUUUUGCUACGAUUUGCUACUGCAGAAUAGUACAGACGGAUUCAUUCAUGAAUAGCAUAGGCGAGGCAUGCAACGAUCUGAAGCAACAAUACGACGUCUGUUUUCACACGUGGUUCUCCGAGAAAUUCUUGAAAGGUGAUACGAGUGACAACACAUGCUCGCAUUUAUUCAAAAUGUAUCAACAGUGUGUCAAGAAAGCCAUGAAGGAGCACCAUAUUGAAUUAAAAGAGAUGGAGACAAAUUAUUUGGAAACCGAAAAAGAAAAAAAGCCACACAGUUGACAAAAAGACGUUCGCAUAUUCAUAUUUCCUACAUAGCUUUCUUACGGAUCAUCGGCGAUACAAACAGUGCAACUUUGUCAUUCCUAUUUUUUAUUAUGAAAUAAUUAUUAACAAAGGUUAAUUGAUCUUAUCUUAAUUAAUAGUUUGUUAUGAACUAGUCACUGUAUUACUGCCAAAUAUUCACACAUUUGUAACAUUACAUAGAAAUGUUGUAUUAAGAGAGGAAACUGUAUGUACAUAUAAUGCAUCUGUGUACUGUGUAAUGUAUAUACAUAUAUGUAUGUUAUGCUUAACAGCAAAUUUAAUUAGUUGUGCAAUUUUAUCAACUUUUAUAAUUUUGUUUUUUUUUUAAGAAUUACAUUUUAUAGAGACAAAACUAAACAGAAGAAUAACACCAAUUGUAAAUUAAAUAGUCACUGUGCAACAUGGAAAUAAAUAAUUUAGAAAUGAAGC